UGUGACAGAGUGCACUAGAUGGAUGUUAAAAGGGUGCAAAGGCAUGUCAUACUGUAUAAUGAUAUCAGUCUGUGUUCUAAUUACUGUAUUCUAGUCUAUAAUACUAGUAUAUUAGAUUAAGAUGUAUACAGUAAAGAAGACAAAGUUAGUAACCAUACGUCAGAUCCUUUGGCAUUUCCACUUGCUAGGUUUAGAAAUAUUAUGACAGUAAUCUGUGACAUCACUAAACCUACCCAUUUUGUAUUGACUACAUCUAUAAAAAUCAGUGUUCAAAACAAAUACAAGUAAAAAGGACUGAGGUGAGUAACACUUCACUGAUGGAUACCUGGCUGAUUAAUAGGAGCAACAUUUUACCUGCAAAUCCAAUUUUAUAUAUGUAUAUAUACUAUAUUAAUUCGAGCUUUUAUAAAUAUUUUUGCAUCAAUUGUAAACAUACAGGACACCUACAUACUGGUUGAAUUUCUAUUGACUCUUUGUACCAUAAAACUGUGUCUGAUUUGUUAAUGCAAUGAACACUUAAUGACUGUUCAUACUUGUUUAAUAAAAUAUAGACUUUUACAAUCAAUGUCAUAGUGGCAUUGUUCUUGAUUAAGUUAAAUUACAUGCAUAAGAUAAACUUAUAAUGGUUUAACAUAUUUAUUCGUUAACAUACAAUUUAUUUAAUAAUAUUUUGUAUAUUGUAAUUAAAUAGUUUUAUAAAAUCCUAUUCUAUCUAACAUACAUAGAAAUGUAAACAAUUUGAAAAAGAAUCACUAUUCUGUCACGACAUCUUUACAAGUUUUGUAUGGCUUUAACUAUUUUAAUGCUGUUCUAUUCUAGGAAUAAAGUCCUAAAGUCCAAUGGUAUGAACUCGACUGGAACUCUAGUACGAGAAACAUUCAGCAAUGCAUUUGCAAGAAAUUUCAUUUUAAUUGCAGUAUGGCUUGGCAUGAGCUAUAUCAAUUUUAUUAUGGUGGCUACCUUCUUUAGAAACCAGAUAUUUUAUGAGGAUCCACGAUAUAUUCUUUUCAUUCACAUGGUCAUCAAUGAUGCAGUGCAACUGACUGUUACAGUAAUCUUGUUUGUAGUGAGCUACAUUUCCUACACCAUUAAUGUAUCUGUCUGCUGUAUCAUUGUUCUUGUGGCUGUCUUUACAACACGCAACACACCCAUAAGCCUGGCUGGGAUGGCUAUUGAGCGCUACAUUGCCAUUUGCAAACCACUACGACAUACCCAGAUAUGCACUGUACAGCGCACCUAUAAACUUAUUGGCUUUAUCUGGGUUAUCUGCAUAGUCCCAGAUAUCACUGACCUUUUUAUAACUCUGGCAAUAGAACACAUUAGCUUCUUCCGUAGUUCUGUAAUGUGUAUGCGCCGGAAUGUCUUCAAAGACCAAGUGCUUCUUUACAAGAGGCAAGCCUUUGAUGCGUUAUAUUUCUCUUUAGUCUUCCUCACACUAGUCUAUACUUACCUGAAGGUUCUGUUUGCAGCCCGGGCCAUCUCUACUGAUAACACAUCAGCCCAGAAGGCAAGAAACACUAUUUUGCUUCAUGGAGUUCAACUUCUCAUGUGUAUGCUCUCCUAUAUUUCUCCCAGUUUUGAGGUCUUCCUAGACAUUAUCUUCCCUGGUCGUGUUCUGGAGAUCCGCAAUGCCACAUAUAUCAUUGUUUACAUCAUGCCACGUUUUCUAGGUCCAAUCAUAUAUGGAGUUCGAGAUCAAAAGUUUUUCAAGUAUAUGAAGAGGCAUUUUACAAUUGUUCAGUGCAAAUCCAGCAAAAUAGUAGACAGAAAAGAAGAUAAUUAAAAUGUUAUAUGCUUUUAAGAAAGAUGCUUUAUGCACUCCAUUUAACAAAAUAAUAAUAAAAUUCACCAAAUUAUAAAAAAUCAUGCAGUGAGUAUGUAUAAUGUGUGAAAAUUUGUGACAUUUUUGUACAAAAAAUAAAUGAAUUAAAAAUAAAUAAAUAGCUUAAAAUUAGCAGUACUUCUCUGAAAGAGUUUGUUCUUAUUUUGUGAAUGUAGUUAUGUUUCUGUAACUCUUUACAGUAAGGUUCAUUAUAAACCCAGUGACAACGCAAAAGCAAAUGAAUAUAAUAAUGCACUAUGCUAAUGAACAAAUAUGUCAAAAUAAUAUAAUAUUGGGACAAGUUGUCUUUGUCUGAUGGACAAUUAUAAUUUCCCUUCAGUAGAAUGAACAGAUCCAAACAUAUUCCAACAUAAGAAUGCAUAUGAUUGAUAACAUUUUAUAAUAUUCUGUUUA